AUGGCCUAUUUCUCCCCCCAUUCAGAUGCUGCCAUACGGCAAGCUAAUUGGGAUGCUUCAAAAGUGGGGGAAAAACUUUAUCAUGAUAUUGAGGCACAUGCGUCAUCUGUUCGUAGUGCCAAGUUGUCAGAAAUAGUAGCUAACUUCGAGUUCAUUUUGUAUGUAACUCAUAGGAAUCUUUUUGACUUGCAGAAACAACUUACCGAAGCUCUGACUGAACCUGUAGAAUCCCUCUUCGAAGCUGGAGAAAAAGGCACCUGGGCAUCAAUAAGAAAGCUACUAAAACGCGAGACUGAGGCUGCCACAUCAGAUUUUUUAACUGCUACUGCCAGUUUUGAAUUGAACCAAGCAACAAUUGACAGAUUGUUGCAAAAUUUGAGGGACUACACUAGAAGUAUGGUGGAGAAAAAGGCAAGAGAGGAAGCAAGGAAAGUUCCGAUCCGCAUGAAUUAUAGGUUCUUAACUGUUUUCCACUUUGACUCAAAGCCGACUAAGAAGGAAGACAUUAUAACAAAAGCGAAGGACGCAGGCUCUGCGUCUCUGAAGCUUUUAUCUGUUUUGGCUGCAAUACAAUUGGAUGAGGAAUCCGAUGAGAUACAAUUGGAUGAGGACUCCGAUGGAACAGUGACUGUACCUUUUACCAAAGAUAGGAGCAUUGGAGAUUCUGCAGAUCCUCUUGCUUCAAGCACAUGGAAGAAGGUCCCUCCAAAAAACACUCUGAUUACGCCCAUGCAGUGCAAGUCUCUGUGGAGGCAGUUUAGGGAAGUAACUGAUCCUAUGGUCCGUCAAGCAAUUUUGGAACUGGAGGAUCGCGAGGCCACUCCUCCAAAGAAGGAUCCCAAGCCCACUCCUCCAGAGGGUAACACACUAUUGGAUAUUGUGGCUGUGGUUGGGGUUGUUGGAGCUACGGUUGGGGUUGCGGUUGGGCCAGUAGGGGUUGCGGUUGGGGCUGCGGGUGGGGCUGCGGUUGGGGCUGUGGCUUGGGCACUAAAUGAGGAAUCCGAUGAUAUACAAUUGGAUGAGGAAUCCAGUGGAACAGUGGCUGUUCCUUUUACCCAGGAUAGGAGCAUUGGAGAUUCUGUAGAUCCUCUUGCUUCGAGCACGUGGAAGAAGUGCAAGUCUCUGUGGAGGCAGUUUAAGGCAGAAACUGAUCCUAUGGUCGCUCGAGCAAUUUCUCAACUGGAGGAGUGCGAUCUUCAAGAGAAGCGCGAUCGUAAGGUCAUUCAUCGUCGUCGGAGGAAACAAGUUCUUCUUGGGGCACUUGGUCUUGGGGCUCUUGGCUUGGGGUUCCGGGAGGGAUUCUUGGGGCUACGGUAG